AUGGAUGGCGAGUGGAGAGUCACAUCAGAGCUUAGUUUUGGCUCCAAAAAAGCGAUGAAGGGGGCAUGCGGAAUUACUGUAUCCAAUGAAGGAUUUGAUGCGGCUGAAUGUGGGUGCGAAUUGACGCCAGUUGUUAGGGUUUGCAAUGAAGGAUUUGAUGCAGGCCGGCGAUUUCUGAGUUGUCCAUAUGAGGGGUUAAACUCCUGUGGGUAUUUGAGGUGGAUGGAUGAUGCAUGGCAGGGCAGAUCAAGGGUGGUAAUUCGAAAGCUUGCAGAUGACAACCAGAAGCUACAAAAUGCUUUGCUUGACAAGGAACAAGACAUUCAGAGGAUGAAGAAAGAGAGGAAUAAAUUAGAUGAGCAGAGGAAAAGUAGGGAAAAAUUAGAUUUGUUUCUAGUACUUGUUGUUCUUGCAAGUGUAGUGAUUUAUGCUCUAGUUGCAUUGGUUAGUAGGGGAUUUGUGUGA